AAGCCACCGACCCAAUCCAUAUAGGGUUCGUAGGGCAUCGAACUCCCCUCCCCUGUCUCUGGCUACUCCUGCUUCUGGUACUCGUGAUCUCAGCUGGAUCUCGUUGGUUUGCAUUGACCCGUGCAGAAAUCACCCCGUGAGUCUCCAUCUAUAUCUUAUCUCUUUUGGCCGCGUGGGAUUUGCUUCUCUCGCGUCCUCUUCGGGCUUCUUAGAUUGAGCUUGCUGCAUGCGUGGGUUGGUUUCCUUCUCUACCCCGUGGUGGUUUAUAUUGUGCUUAGCAGCUGAGCUGCUGCUUGCAUUAAUCGUUCGUCUGCAGGACCCGAGGAUUCGAGAUCAAGCCUGCAAGCAUGCCGUGGGCGUCGGCGGCUGCUGACUUCUACGGGGAGUGCGUUCCCUUGGUCGUCUGCUUUGGUGUCAUCGUGUGAAGCUGAGCUGGGAUACUAGAGGGAGGAUCGCUGUUCCCGGGAGAAAAUUGGGAAUGCACAUUGAAGUCAUUCUGAAGGGACACCAAACAGCAACCAAGGUUUCGGAGAUCAUAAUGAGCGUUAGGAUCAUUGCUUAUUCUCAAUUGCUGCAAGUUUGUCAGGUAGUCUCCAUGACAAACCUUUCGUGGUGGUGAAUUCAUGUUCGAUGAUCUUCUACUGAAAGCAGAUUGCCACAGUGCCAUUAAUCCCUUUCUUUGGGAUGUGGCAGGCUGAGUACUUCCGCCAGUUGCUUAAGCCUGUUACGUAGGUGGAAAGCUUAGCGUCGAAAGCAAGUCGGAUCUGCAGUCUGCUUCUGUGUUCUUGUUUCUUGUUCUGUCACAAGGCUCUCAUCGAGGAAGAGCUAAUCAGAUAAGCGUUCGGUCCUCGAGCGUCAUUCCCUGCUCAUCGUCAUCGGAUCGUUCCCACUGACGGCGAGGCGCCAUGCAGAGGAACCCAAGAUAUUUUGCUGGGAAGGCUCCGCCUGAGGACGCGUUUGAUGUGAGCGGCUAUGGCUUCGACUCCACUGUCGCAGGGCACGAGCAUCAUCAUGACUUCCCUUCUCCGCUGAACAACAUCGAGUUCCAGCCAUCUGAAACCUGCCCCAGGAACUUUGUCAUCUUUGACCAGACAUGCCACAGGAGCCGGGUCAUGUUCCAUCCUUCCCUGGCCCACAAGUUGGGCUCUCCGGGGCUCGAUGUCCAUGGAAGCCAUGCCUACGAGGCUGGCAAAAGCGCGUACAGAGACGAUGACGAGGACGCCGAAGAUAUCGAUGCGUUGCUGAGUUCCGAAGACGGCGAAGACGAUGAUGUAGUCAGCACCGGGAGGACGCCGGGCAGCUGGGGAAGCAGCUCGCCGGAUACUGCAUGCUCGUCGCGACCCAAGUCCGCUUCCUCCAAGAAACAAGUCUCCGGCAACGUCGGCAGUAGUAGCCACAAAAGGGAGAAGAUGAAGAAGAUGGUCAAGACACUCAAGGGCAUCAUUCCCUGCGGUGAUCGCAUGGAUACUCCUGCUGUUCUCGACGAGGCUGUCAAGUAUCUGAAGUCUCUCAAAGUUGAAGUGAAGAAGCUCGGGAUGAAGCACCUCGACCACUGAAAGAUUGAUGGCAACGAUCGACGGAGAUGAGUUCAGGUUUUGGUUUUGGUUCUGUUGUAAGCCAUUGUUUGGUGGAAGAAGCAUUUGCGGAUGUUUGAUGUGGCAUUACAGAUCCACGCUUUAGUUCUAAGGACCACUCUGUUUGAGAUAUCUUCUCGUCAUGCUGGUGGUAAUCUUGAGAGAACACUCGGCUAACAAAAUCUCGGUGAGAACGACGCAAAUGACCGUGACAUGUUUCGUGCACGCAUCAUCAGAGCAACUGCGAAACCAUUCGGUUCGCAUGCUGUCGACCAGUCCACUUCAUUCUUCUCCUAUGACCACAAGCCAUCGUCCCCAACAGCGGCUAUAUAAGCAGUCCCAUGACGGAGGCAUAAAGCUCAGCUGCAGAAGCAACAUCGCGAUGGCGUCCCGAGGAGUGACCGCGAUACUAGCGACGAUGCUGGUGGUGGCGGCAUUGGCCCUCCCGGUCUCGGUGGUGCGCGGCGAAAAGAAAGGCGAUACUGGAAUGGCGAAGGAUUGCUCGGGACGGUGUAAUAUGUUGCCCGGGAUCAUCCGAUAUCUGUGCUGGAUCAUAGUUUGCGGUGGUCCACCGACUGGAGAUCAAGGCCACGGCCCUGGCCGUAUGCACUAAUGAUUCACAGAAGAAGAAGAGGAGACGACGGUACCGAUCGUAGGUGUUGUCUCCUUUGUUGCACUGCGACGUUUCCCUGAUAAAUAAAUUGUAUUUGGAUAAGAAAUAAUGUUCGGACCAGCCGCUAUGAAUCUACAAAUUAUCCCAUAAACGGCGUACAAUGAUAUAAGAUCGUCUCGAUGAUCUAUUACGAUCGCGCUAUGGUGUUGAUUGUUGUUGGCAAUAUAUGAGCUAAGACCUGUCCGUGGUAGUUAUUAUUGUCCUCCUCUCC